AUGUCAUUAACAGAAGAUAAUGUUCUUCUUAACUUAUUGAUUGAAACGGUGGCAAUUAUUCCAUUGAAUACUAUUGAAUUUGGUCGAUUAUCUAUUGUAGGCCUCAAACAUCUUUUAUCUUAUACACAAGAAAAAGAAAAAUUUUUUGUGACCCCAAAAUUUAAAGUUUUUCGAUAUAGUGCAAUUUUAGCAGCAAAACAAGCAAAUUAG